AUGCCGAUACCCGAAAGCUCGACGAGCCCCAAUGACUCAAUCGCUGGUUAUGCAGAGCAAAAUCCAGAUCAAGACCCUGAAAAUCAACCCGUCCAAAAUGUGGAGUGUCAGCCUGAGGAGUUCUCUGUCUUUACAAAGACUGAGAAAAGGGCGAUGGUUGCGGUUGGCUCCCUGGCAGCCUUCUUCUCACCCUUAUCAGCCAGUAUCUACUUCCCAGCACUAGACACUAUAGCGACAGCCUUAGAUGUAUCUACCUCGAAGAUUAACAUCACCGUUACAACCUACAUGAUCCUACAAGGGCUUGCACCGAUGUUCAUCGCAGGCUUCUCCGACACGGCAGGAAGACGCCCAGCCUACAUGAUUUGCUUCACAAUCUAUCUCGUGGCCAAUCUUGCGCUCGGUCUUCAAAAUAGCUACGUCGCCUUACUACUUCUCCGAAUGCUACAGAGUGCCGGCAGCAGUGGUACGGUCGCACUUGCCAAUGGCCUGGUAGCAGACAUCGUCACCUCCUCAGAACGAGGAAGUUAUAUUGCAUUUGCCACCAUCGGAAGCAUGCUAGGUCCUUCAUUAUCUCCCGUGAUCGGCGGUCUAAUCAGCCAGUAUCUGAACUGGCAUUGGAUUUUCUGGUUUCUUCUAAUCCUUGGCGGUGUGUUCUUCACCUUCCUCGCGCUGUUCCUGCCAGAGACGUGUCGGAAAGUCGUUGGGGAUGGAUCAGUUCCGCCACCUGCCCUGAAUAUGUCUUUGACAGAUAUUAUAAGACACAGGCGGCGAGUGAAGAAUGGUCUUAGUCCUGAUCCUCAGAAAGUUGCCGAUGUCCGCAAAAAUUAUCGCUUGAGCAUUCCUUCCCCUUUGCCGACGUUGAAAGUUUGUUAUGACCUUGAAACAAUGUUGAUCUUGUUAACGACCGGAUUAAUGUUUGCCUGUUUCUACGCCGUCAUGACUGGAGCGACUACGUCGUUCCACGAGGUAUACCAUUUCAACGAUAUCCAAACCGGCUUGAUGUACCUUCCCAUCGGCGCCGGUGGAAUAGCGUCCGCUUUUUCAACGGGCAUCAUCGUCGACUGGAAUUAUCGUCGCCAUGCCAAGAAAGCAGGAAUGCCGGUGCUGAAGAAUGUUCGACAAGAUCUUCGCAAUUUCAAUAUUGAAAGAGUCCGAAUAGAAGUGGCGCUGCCGAUGUACUAUUUGAGUCUUAUAACAGUCAUUGCAUACGGAUGGGUGCUAGGUCGGAAAGUCAACCUGGCAGCCCCUGUCAUCCUCCUAUUCAUCUGCGGAUGGUCUUUGAUGGGUACGUCCCAGGUACUUUCAGCAUUAAUGGUCGACAUCUGGCCGGGGAAAUCAGCCUCUGCUACUGCAGCGAAUAACUUGUUUCGUUGUGAAUUGGGCGCCGCUGCGUCUGCUGCCAUCAGCCCAAUGUCUGAAGCCAUGGGAUCAGGAUGGGCAUACACGACCCUGUCGUUGAUUGCGCUUGCAGCGUCUCCUUGCCUCUGGCUUAUGAUGAAACAGGGAAUUAAAUGGCGACAGAGGAGACUUGGGAAGAAAGACGAAUCGAACGCGAAGAAAUUUGCAAUGGAGGUGAAAGCCUAG